AGUAAAUAAAUACAAAAAGUAUAUUCUGUGAUACAAAACUUAUCCAGAGAUAAGCCGAAAACUUUGCCAUUUUUACGGAUUAUAUUGGUUUAUCAUAAAGCUUUCUAUCAUUAGUAUCGUAGUUUAGUUAAUGAUGUGAUUAUUAUCAGUGUGAUAGUAUUUAGUAUUGUCAAAGUUAUUUAAAUACAAGAAUUGGAUAUCAAGAUGAUUUCAAAGGCGUUACUUUUUAAAAUCUUUCUAUUAAUUUUUCCUAUUACCGUGUAUUUUAGUAAUUUUAUUCUACCAAUGAGUGGACUGGCCCUUAUUUCAGUCUCACUAUGUGUAUGUUUUGUUUCAAUGUGCAUUACCUUUGUGGGUUUACACAGACUGCUACAGUAUAAAGAGCCUAUACCUGUCCAAUUUUUUCAAGAUUAUAUGCGGUAUCUUGGCGUCCGAAUAUCUAUUCCUCAGAAAAAACCAAUACCGAAACCAAACAUUGAUUCCGUUAAGAAAUUAACUUCUGAAUUAGAUACAUAUUUUAUAUCUAAGUGGUAUGUCGAUAUAAGUAAGGAUUCAAAUUUUCCUAAUGAAAGCAGAGCAUUUAUGGAAGAAGUAUUAACUCGUUUAAUUGAUGUUCAGUUGCAAGUAAAUAAUAAGCAAGUACUACAUGGAGUACUCAAUAUAUUCUUGAGACACUUAAAAGAAUUUAGACGAAGCGUUAAGAGAAGAGAAAAAUAUAAUUGCGCAAUAGAGGAUUUAUACAGAUAUUCUCAUCUAUGUAGUACACUAAAUAUUAAAAAGCCCAAAGAUUAUUUCUUACAACAACUUACAAUAAAUCUUUUGAGACAUUUUAUUAAUUCAGAACUAUGGAAUUCAUUGCCAUGCCAUAUCUUAGUUUCAAUACUUGCAAGAAAAUUCAUCUGUUAUUUAGUAGAUUUGUGUUCCGAUCCUGAAGUUCUAAAUUACUUAAUAUUAACCAACGUUUCUUCGAAAAGCGUUCAGGAAAAAUUAAGAUUGAAAGAAUAUGGGAGAAUCUCUCUAGUGCAGUUUUUUGAUACAGUUGACAGUAAGACAGUAAAUAUAGAUAAUAUGGAAAACAAAGAUGGAAUUGAUGGCCAUGAUGUAAUUGGAAAUACAGAAGUUAAACCUCUAGAAAAUGAAACAGCAGCUGAUGUUAAAUCUGAACCAAUCACUGAGCCUUCAGAAUCAAAACCUAAAGAAGUAAAAGAGGACACAAGUGAUAAAAUUGUUUAUAGAAUUAAACCAAAAAGUCAUAUACAAAAGGAUACCAUUACAACCAUUCCAAGAUCACCAAAGAAAACUGAUUCCGUUAAAAUCUAUGAGCCAAAAAGUACUUCAAAGACAUGGAGAGAUUCCAGAGAUUUGGCUUGCAUAUCACUCGGACAAGAUCCUUUGGAUGCAUUAGCAACAGCUACUGAUGGUUCUAGUAAAAAUAUUAAACAUAAUUUUUGGGACACUGCAGUAAUAUCAGAAGAAAACAAACAAGAUUCGCCAUCUAGUGCUGCACAUAUUUUUAAUGAAGUUAUGAAUAUGACUUCAAUGGAAGGACUUAAGAGUUCAAUCAAGCCAAUUAGUGACGCUACCGAGCGUACGCUGCACAAUAUAAAAGACCUGCAGGAAACCACGGUACAUAACGCUUUGCACAAGAUCGGAGAUUUCCAGGUAACUCAUACACAAAGAAAGAGAGUAGACUCUCUAAACUACUUACACUACUUGCCACCAAAUACUCUUAUGCAUUCUUCCGUUCUAUCCAACACUCAACGUCUUCUUCACGCUCGGCGAGAGGAUGAAGCAGCAGGCAUGGUUGAAGGCAUUCUUGAUUUUGGUAGAGCUGGGUUCAGAAAAGGCCUACGCUUAACAGGUCUUCAAGAUAAUAUAGAAAACGCUAAAGCAACUUUGACAGGUAUUCCUAUUGCCAAGUCCGCACAAAGAUCCAUGAGGGAUCAGGUGAAGAAGAAACUGGAAGAAUUAAGGAAGUCUGAUUCGGAUUCGUUGGAGAAAAUUAGUUCGGCGGAAAGCGUGGAAUCGGUAUGGAUAAACCCGUUGGAUUCGCCUCAUCUUGAAGAUAUACCAGAAAAAUCUGGAAAGACUGUAACACACGGUCCGGAUAAAACUCCUUCGGGUGAUAGUGUUUCUAUACCUUCUAUUUCCACGGAACAACCAGCCGACUCGGACAGUCCAGAUCCAGAAUACGAGGAUACGGCAGAUUUGGCUUCCAGCAUUGCCAAAUUACGGUCCUUGUUGCAACAGAGAUCGUCGGAAUCUAAUUUAUCUACACCAGCUUUAAGUCCCAUGCCCGAAGAUUACAUUCAGAAACAGGUCGAAUCGGAAAAUGUUUCCGAUGUAGAAGCUAUGGAAGUGGACGGAAUGAUGCCCAACUUUUACAAGUUCUGUGCUAAGACAGCCUCUGGUGUUUUAUCCAACACGCUAAACACCAUAAAAACAGCUCUGCCGGGAAAUAAUCCAGGACAGGUUUAUACCGUUGAGAGAUGGAAAUUUAAAACAGAGUCUCAGGAAUCGGAAACCUUAAUCCGAAUGAAGAAACUUCUUAGUGAACGUAAGGAGUACUGCAUUUUGGAUAAAGAAAUUGAUACUGGAUAUGAUGCUUUAGAUUCGGUGGAUAUAUUUCAACAAUCGCCAGUGUUAAUAUCCAAUGUUACAUUUGAAGACGAAUUAGACGACUUCGAAGGAAAAAUACCAGUAACUAAAGUACUCUUGGACAUAUUCUGCGAACUCUUGGCUGAUAGUAAUUCUCCAUUGAUACAGGAACCCGUAAUUAAAGGAAUACUUUUGACUUGCGGCAGUUAUGUGGAGUGCAAAAUCGAAAAUCAGAUACACGAAUCCUUGGCGCAUUUUGCCGAACAUCUAGUCACAAUACCGGAGACCUCAAAUACAAACGUAUUGCUAAUGGAUUUAGACGAUUAUAUCGAGGCUAUGAAAAGUGGCAUUCCAGAUUUGAUUAAGUACGUGUUUCGCAAACAUGUUCUACAUAAUACUAUCAAGCUAUUUAUUUCCUCGUUGCAAAAGAAAAAGAUUAACCAGGACGUGGUGUUACAAGUAUUUGAACUUGUAGCUAUGAAGCUGAUUGAAGAGAGCACUCAAGUAUCCCCGCCGGCGUCCGCUUAGGAAACGCCCCAACUAAACCAGUAUUAAGUUUAAAUGCAUUUAAUUGGUGUUAUUUAAGGCUUUAAUGUGACAAGCGUCUAUGUACACCCCAACAAAACAUGCCGGAAAGCUUUUGCGCAGGCGUAUUCUUGGUUUUGGGUCGGGUAUUAAACAAAAAAUAAUAAUCUCAGAGAUUAACCAACACGUGUUUUGAUUACUAUUACCGAUAGCUGUAAAAAAAUACAAACAUCUGUAAAAAAUAAAUAAAAAAAAUCUAUAAUUGUUGAACUCGAACCCGGUCCUGAAACGCCCUCGUUACCAAUCGUUACCAAUGGACACAGCUGCUUUUUUGUACAGGGGUUCUAACUAGGCAUUACUACUUGCGUCUAGCCGUACCGUGCAACUCUCCAACUUCAUCCCACAGUUCCCGCCAAAUUUAAAUCGUGGGUUAUUUUCUUGUCUUUUAUUAUAAACUUGUAAUUUUCGAGAGUAAGUUCUUAAGUAAUAGUAGCAAUAACUAAAGAAUACAAGGACAUAUAACCCAAGACCAAAUUGUUACCAUGGCUCCAAACAAUUCCGUGAACAUAUAUUUUUCUUAACUUAUCUGCUUGAAGGGAUAUUUAUAUUUUUGAUAAAUGUUUUGACUAAGCCUAUGGUGUAGGCGGUGGUAUCAUAUUAAUUAAUUACGAAAAAAACGUAUUAAAAUGUCAACAAAAGGUACAAAACUAGUAUCGACGAUUAGCACAUAUCAAGUACAUAUAGUAUCAGAAAAAUAAUUACCAAAUUCAAUAAGAAAACGCUAA